UUGGAUGUUAUAAAAAGAAAAAAAAUAUACAUUUUUGGAGGAAAAUAUUUCACAUAACCCCAAAGCAAGAGCUAAUAUGUUUAAAUUUAUUUAUUUCACCAAAACGAAAUUCACAGUUAGAGUAUUCAUGAUCAGCCCGCACACUAUGACUUCCUCUGAGCAGGGGGACAGAUGCUGUGUGCUCCUGUGUGCAGGUGCAGACAGAAGGCGCGGGCGGCAGACGUACACGCGCCACCAGACGCUCGAGCUGGAGAAGGAGUUCCACUACAACCGGUACCUCACGCGGCGACGGAGGGUAGAGGUGGCGCACGCGCUCUGCCUCACGGAGCGGCAGAUUAAGAUCUGGUUCCAGAACCGGAGGAUGAAGUGGAAGAAGGAGAACAGAGAGACCAGCUCCCCAACAGCAGCUUUGCCCGCUGCUGAGGAGGAAGAGGAGGAGGAAGAUGAAGAGGAGUGAUGACUCUGCUGCUGGACACUUUAACAGUCGCUUUUAAGCUCUUAUUUCUAGAAUGACAUUUUAAUAAGUGAUGUAUGGAUGACAAAAAUAAAGAAAAAAACUCUGCCUGCAGUCAGGUUUUAGCCUGACUGAGCAAAGAAACUUACAAAGAAAAAAAACAAGCUUUUGCUUUUUUUUAAAGGAGAAAUUUCUGCCAAAUAACAUAAUUUUAGUUGGUUUACAGUAGAGUUUACAGCAAGAUGUUUUUAUGUGAAGCUAAGGAUGAAAAGAAAAAAAUCCAAGGUGCUUAAACUACUAACAGGUAAACAUCAAAUUUUAGAACACAGUAGAUGGUCUUAAGCUCCUCUAUCUCUAAGAAUGAAUGAAAUGUCCUGAAACAAUGAAAUAUACCUAUGCUGAUUUCAAGAAUAGGGCUCUUCUCAUAGAUCCCAUUGUAUUGCACAGCAGGAAAAGCUUUUACAGUUAAGAUUAAAAAUUUAGAUACAGCAGAGACUCUUAUGAUGAGAAAAUCUCAUUCAUGUGCAGUAGGAAAGGACAAAAUUCUCUUUGAUGAAUGAAACAGCGGCACUUAUGAUUCCUGUGCAUGCAAGACAGAAAAUUUGUGUUAGACAGUAGAAUCAUUUCAUUAUUAGCUUUAUGCUUAUUGCAAUAUUACCACUGUGCUCCACGCUGGACUGUCAGUGCACAGCUGUAAGCAAAGACAGAACCCCAACCAUCAACCAAACUCAAAUAUCAAAAAAAGUCUUUUUUUAUUAUUAUUAACUAAAUGAUUCAGUUAUACUCUGUAAAUAUUAUCUCCA